AUGACUAGUGUCCGAGCGCGAGAAGAUCGCAGAUGUUACAUGUGCAAUAAGACAUUUUCCAAAAAAGAGCAUCUCACGAGGCAUAUUCGCGGUCAUACCAAAGAACGGCCGUUUCAAUGUUCCAUAUGUGGCAGAUUAUAUUCCCGAAGUGAUGUGCUCAGACGACACCAAAGAAAUCAUGACGAUCAGAAAGAACAGGGCUUUUCUGUUGCCUCAAAGGGAGAGCUGGCGACCGACUCAGCAUUGCUCACGCCUGCUUCAGCCGCUGAAACGUCGCAACAACUGUCCGGCAUUUCACCUGUCUCUGUAAUAGACUCAAGUUCUCAGCAUGCCAUUGAUUCUGAAAUGAGUAAUAUUGCUCCAAAUAACGGUGUAAGCUUCGCGCCAUUGGCAGCAAUACCGGGGCAGAAUGAGAUGCUAGGAGAUACACGCUCAGUUUCGGAGUCUGGAACAUGGUUCCUGGAAGAAGACUUCGACGUUAGUGCACUGGACUUUUCCAUUACAUCCACGAUUUCAGAGUGGGCGCAAAUUCCAAGUGCCCUUCCUGCUCCUAAUGCACCAGUCGGAGCGCAACGGAUAUUUUCGCCCGUUCAGGGUUCUUCGUCAGAGCCUAAUACCACAGAUUCUGGGGAUGAGUCUGUCAAACGACAAUGGUUUACCCAUAUGUCGCCAACUCAAGAGCCUCACCCAAGUCGAGGAUCUGUAUUAUCGGUUUCAAAUUGGCCAAGUCAAACCAACACAAAUGAAUCAUAUCGGGCAGGCCUCUCUCAGAAACUUCGUCCUCGAAUGGAGGACGAGGCACUACCAACGUCAGAGCAGCUGAAUCUCUUUGCAAAGCUUUAUUUCCAUCGGUUUCAUCCGUUGCUUCCAGUCAUCCACACGCCAUCUUUCCACCCAACGGCAGAAAAUUCCUUGCUCUUUCUGUCGAUAUGCUCAAUCGGCAGCUUGUUCGUGGGCUCUUCACAUGCCGCCAUGCAAGGUGAGCGAAUAUUUGAAAGGCUCAACAAGGCUAUACUGGCUUCUUGGGAGUCAUUUCUUUCGCAAAGCCGACCAGAUGCAUUCUCGAUGGUACAAGCCGCCAUUCUGGGACAGACCUACGCUAUUCUGGCAGGGAAACCCAAGUAUCUCGUUCUGGCAGAUGUUUUACAUGGAACUGUAGUAGCAUGGGCUCGUGAAGCAAAUAGGCUCAGUUCUUUGUGUCAGCGGCCCCAUGAUCUAUCAGAUCAAAAUCAUGUUGAGGAAAGUUGGCAACGAUGGAUUGAUAUCGAGCAGCGAGCGAGAGUGCAAGUGGCACUCAACAUUCACGAUGCCGAGCUCGCAACACUUCUACAUCACCAGCCAAUUAGGAGCCAUAGAUUCCGUCAGUACCCCCGUCUAGAAUCCGAUGCAUUAUUUUCCGCUCCUACGGCAUCGAGAUGGGCCAUACUAUACCGCCAGGCACACCAGGAGCAGUCUGCAGAAAUGACCUAUCCUCGGUUACCACGACCUGCAGACCCAUUUCCAAAAACCGCUCUAAACUCUCGGUUUACCGCAUACAGUAUCCUUGAGAGUAUCAGUGCUCGUCUCAUUGACUCUAAGCAGUCCCAAGAGUUCGAUCAUAUCACUUGCCAGGAAAUUUCAAAUCUUCUAAUUGAAUGGUGGCAGACAUAUCAUACAUCUGGCCAGGAUGCUUUCUGCCUACCAGUCCUUUGGCAUUCUAUAUUCAUUUCACUAUACGCCGAUCUAGAUCUGCUAGAGCAAGCUAUUGGCCGAGACGGCCACAAAGCCAGUCUCGAAGCAUCGACUCCAGUCCGCGAAUGGGCAUUGUCGUUCAAUGCCAGUCGCUGCCUGUUGCAUGCAGCACUGAUUACAGAGUAUCUUGAAUCAAUGAGCAUCUCUUCUGAGCCAGCUAUCCAUGUUCCUCGGGCUUUAUUCGCAGCAGCCUUGACCUAUUCUUGUGUUGGUCAUUACGCGCCGAAGCAUAUAGUGAGUGCAGAGGCUUUUACCUCCCCGGAGAUCAAACUGCUCGGAGAUGGACCUUCUCGAGUUGCUAUCUUUCAAGAGCAUAUACAAAAUUUGAAUCGCCCUGUUCCAAUAGACUUGGACCAUUUAUAUCGCUUAAUUGAUUUGUUGCAGCGGGGUGGACGAUGGGGGAUAUCCCAGGCAUUUGCCAAUGUGCUAUCUACGACAUUGGAAAAUGGAAAUGGAGCUUAUGCUGCAGGAUGA